CGCCGCAGUCGUGCGUUAUCCUUUGCUCCAGUCGGUUGUGCACGCGCUUGGCAUAAGUCUGGCGCAACAUUUUCUCGCCAAUUUGCUUACUUGGCUGCGAGACACGUCCAGUGCACACACCUGUGCGCGCCACUAGGCGCUGCCUCUGCCUCUGCGCCAGAAAACAUACCAAAUUUGCACCUAAAUUGCUUUAAAUUAUCGGCACAACAUUUGGCACGCGCGGAGUUUGCACGGCGCGAUUUGAGUAUUGUUUGCUGCUGCUGCUGCUGCUGCUGCUGCUAAUGGGUGUUUGUUUGGCGGUUUAAGCUGGAAAAGCGAAAGGAAAAACACCAUCACCGUUAAGUGUUUUCCAACUUGAAGGCAUUAAGUCUGGCUCCACUUUGGCCGGAGCUCGUCAAAUCUUGACUUGGCCAGCAACUGCUGUCAGCAGUAAAAGCAAAAGUCAAUAGAAACAACAAACAGCAAACAACAAAUGACAGUUACAUUCAGCAUGUCCUGCACGGCGAGCGCCCCUAACUAUGUGUAUGCCAUAGGGCAACUAGUCAGCAGUGAGUGGCAAGCCAAUAAUUGCAUUGGAUUCAAGGACUAACUUUGCCAUCAAAGCGCAACAGCAGCAACAAAAUAACAAUUUGCUCCAUCCACUAUGACCCUCAUGCGCAGGAUAACGGCAACGGCUGCGACUGCGGCGAGGACCCUGCUCGAGGAUGGCGGCUCGGGGGCGACAACACAACCCGUUUACAUGCCGCUGCUCCUGGAGGCGACGGCCACGGUAUCAGCAUCGGCACAUGCGAGCUAUUUGAAUUUCGUUGCCGAUGGACUCAUCGAUGUGGACGAAGGUGUUGGCAACGGCGGCAGCCGGUCCGUUCCCUUGGAUGAUGUUGACGCUGGCCAUGUCCAGGACAAUGGCAGCACUGCCGCAGCCGCUGCCGAAACAGGCGGCGCGCAUUUGACAUUUGUCAUCGUCAAGUGUUUCAUUAUUGGUUUCAUCAUACUGGCCGCCAUACUGGGCAACAUGCUGGUGAUUGUGUCCGUUAUGCGCCACCGGAAAUUGCGCAUCAUCACAAACUAUUUUGUGGUUUCACUGGCUGUGGCCGACAUGCUGGUUGCCCUCUGUGCCAUGACUUUUAAUGCUUCCGUCGAGAUAUCUGGCAGAUGGAUGUUCGGCUCACUCAUGUGCGACAUUUGGAACAGUUUCGACGUCUACUUCUCGACAGCCAGCAUUAUGCAUCUAUGCUGCAUUUCGGUGGACAGGUACUAUGCGAUUGUUCAGCCGCUGGACUAUCCGCUUAUAAUGACGCAUCGUCGGGUGUUCAUCAUGUUGCUGAUGGUUUGGCUGUCGCCGGCGCUGCUCUCGUUCCUGCCCAUCUGCUCGGGCUGGUAUACCACUAACGAGAACUGGAAGUAUCUCAAAUCCAAUCCCCAUAUAUGCGAAUUCAAAGUGAACAAAGCCUACGCCAUUGUUAGCUCAUCGAUGAGCUUUUGGAUACCGGGCAUUGUCAUGCUGUCCAUGUACUAUCGCAUUUACCAGGAGGCGGACCGUCAGGAGCGUUUGGUCUACAGAUCCAAAGUGGCCGCCCUGCUGCUGGAGAAGCAUCUGCAGAUUAGCCAGAUACCCAAGCCCCGGCCCAGCAUACAGGUGGAGCAGUCAACCAUAACGACAAUGCGGCGCGAGCGGAAGGCAGCCCGCACAUUGGGCAUCAUAAUGAGCGCAUUUCUGCUCUGCUGGCUGCCCUUCUUCUUAUGGUACAUCAUAUUCACGCUCUGCGAUAGCUGCAAGACACCUCGACUUGUUGUUGGCAUUUUGUUCUGGAUUGGUUACUUUAACUCGGCGCUGAAUCCAAUAAUUUAUGCAUAUUUCAAUCGCGAUUUUAGGGCCGCCUUCAAGAAGACGCUAAAGAGCUGCUGUCCCUACGCGUUCAUCAAUUGUCGCGCCAGCUUGCGGGCAGCUGGGCGGGGCAAUGGCGCCGGCGGCGGCCAUCGAAGAGACAACGGCACCAGAGACGGAUCCGCCGAGCUGCCGGCCUACAUGAACUCGACGGCCUCAUCGGAGAUACACAUGAAUGUGAUGCGUGCGCGACAGUAUACAGCUGGCACGCCCACGCCGACGCCCACAAUGACAGGACAGGAGCAGCAGCAGCAGCUGCAUCCGCUGUACACUAACUAAGCCCUUUCAGCUCUUCUUCUAUGGCUUAUGUGCAGCUGUGUGUGUGUGUGUGUAAAGUUAGAUGCAGCACAACCUAUGCUAGGAAUUCCAAAUAUAUGUAUUACCUAUAUAUAGAGCUAUAUAUAUGCCCAAAACUAUGACCACGCUAAGCAACAGCUAAAAAUGGGUUUAAGCCGAACACGACAAUCCCACAGAAAAAUAUUGAAGCCUUCAAAAAAACCAAAAACAAAAAAAAAACAGAUAAUCCGAAAUUGAUGUGCAAACAAAUACACUCGAAAUAUGAAAUAUGAAUACGUACAAUAAAAAAAAAAAGGAAAUUGAAAUAUUUACAAAUUGAAUUUAAAGCGAAAUUGUUGGGCAAAACAAAUGAAAGACAAGAAUUCCAAAUUCCUAGAAUUGCCUGCAACGAUUUCAAGCAACAUUUGAUUGGCAUUUAGUGCAGUGUUUAUAUUAAGUAUACUUAACUAUUUAAUAUAUAUACAUAUAUAUAUAUACAGACACAUAAAUAUAUUGUAUUGAAUGUUUGAUAUACGUAUUGCUAUUUGAUGUCCCAUAAAUAUUGAUACAUGCGCGUGAAAUGGAUUAUUUAAGUGAAAAUUGUCUUCUAAUAUAGUACUUGAUACUGACUAGAUUUGGCCAACUGAAGCUUAAACAUAUUCAAUUGAUAUAUGUAUAGCGUAUAUAUGCACACCAUGCCAUACUAUGCCAUACUUGUAUGACUAACAUAUCCGCUGGGUCUAUUAGCCACACUCGACACACCUGUAGUUUCUAGCUAAAAUGUAAAAUGUGACUUAAAGUCUCAUCAAAACAAAGCUGUUAAAAUAUGUAUGUAUAUGUAUUCGAGCAGGUCGCAUUUUUGAGCGCAUUAUUUAAUUGUUGUAGCAUAGUUGGCGCUCAAAUAUGAUAUAUGUUAAAUAAAUAUUUAGUUACUAAGUGUAUAAGUUCCACACGACGAACAAAUAACUA